AUGGAUUUACGGGAGCUGUUCGUGUAUUUUGUCGUACUUUGUUCAAGUGUUGCUGAUGCUAUACGAUGUAAAUGUACAAAAGAAUCUGAAACAGUCACCUGUAUCGAUGGUAUCUGCGAAAUGGAUCCUGGAUGUAAGUUCUCUGAGACUUCUGCUGUUCGGUUUUCCCUUUUUGCCUUCCCCGUAGUUCCUUCGACUUGUAACGUUAGGGACACAUGCGUUCGACAAAGAAACAGCUGCGGCCUGAGUGAUUUCCUUCAUUCGCAGCUGUGUGAGUGUGUAGGCUUGGUCCUUUUUUCGGGUGAUUCGAUUUCGUACAACAGCCAACUUACUAGUUGUUCUAGUUACUAG